UAAGUCUGUGGAGCUUUUUGAACAUAUUGUUCUGUGCACUAUCGCCUUCAAAUGUGAAAAGAAAAUAGUUCAUAUUUUUACACAAAAAUCAAAAUUUCAGUUUGUUUAGUCAAGUCGGUGAUAAUACUCUAUUAUUGGAUGGAUAAAGCAAUUUUUUAGUAAUUCAAAAAGGCAGCUCUUGAACACACACAAGUAAACAUCAUCAUGAACUCUGUUAAGACUCUAUUCUAAUAAGAAACAUUAAAUGGUGAUAAACGAAAUGAAUUCAAAACCACAAAUAUACCAUGAAAAACAAGUAAAAGAGCUUUGUGCAUUGCAUGCUCUAAACAAUUUGUUUCAGACACCGAACACAUUUUCAAAAUCUGAUUUAGAUACAAUAUGUAGAAGUUUAUCACCAAAUGUAUGGAUUAAUCCACACAGAUCAAUGCUUGGUUUUGGAAAUUAUGAUAUAAAUGUCAUAAUGGCAGCACUCCAGAAGCAAGGAUGUGAAGCGAUAUGGUUUGAUAAAAGAAAGGAUCCAGGUUGUUUAGAUCUUUCAAAUAUCUGUGGCUUCAUUUUAAAUGUUCCAUCAGACUAUAAGUUAGGAUUUGUUAUGUUACCAAUUAGGAGAAGACAUUGGAUUACAAUACGGCAGAUUCAGGGAAACUUUUAUAACCUGGAUUCCAAGUUAGAUUCACCUCAGCUUAUUGGUAGGGGCAGUGACCUAAUAUCUUACCUGAAAGAGCAACUUGAUUGUAAAGAGAAAGAACUGUUUGUGGUUGUGAGUCAAGAAGUAGAAGAAAAACAGCUCUGGAUGCACCAAUGCACAAUUAAUAAUGUUCAAGAGUCGCUCAUAAAGGAGCCACUAAUAAACUGCCACAGUAUUGACAGUAUUAACUCUGAAAAUGAUUAUAGAAAUAGAGACGUUGAAGUUCUCAGAUUAAAUGAAGUAAGAAACUGUAUUACCGAGAAUAGUUUUUAAUAUGUAAAUUUGUGAUGUGUCAUAAUAUUUCUACAUUCUGUUCUUCUUUGUAUGCUGAACUCAGUCUAUUAGUUUUAAAAUUGCUCAAUUUUUCUAGUUUUUAAACCAGUUCCCAAUAGUAUUUAUUUAAAAACAAAUCGGAUAUCAGGAACUGGUGGUUGGAGCAUUAGUUUUUUUAUUAUAUUUAAUUCUUUGGGUAUGUUUUAUCACAAUUUUUAUUAUUAACCAUUAUUUAUUGAUAACUUAUUAUUUUACUGAUUGUUAACUUUGUUCUAUUUAUUGUUUUAUUUCAAUUUUGUUAUGUAUGGAAGGUCUUAUGUUAAGCAAUAUACGGCCUAAUCAUAAUAAUUAAGGUUUAUAAUAAACAUUUAAGCUCAAUGACCAAAUUCUCGUAUUUAUAAUACUAGGUAAUAAUGGGAGUGUAAAUUUGUAUGUAUAAUAUUAAAUUGCUCGUUUUUCUCUCAUAUAUAGACAUUUGUUUAAACAAAAUUUAUCACACCUUUAAUAUAAAUAAUAAUAAUUUUCUUAAAUAAAAAUAUCUGACUAAAUCAUUUUACACUCCAUAGUAUUUAUGCUAUCACGUAGAUUUUUUAUAAAUUGUUAGUUCUAAGUGAAUUCUCGUGAGUGUUCUUAUUUAUAUGAAUUUUUCGGGUGCAUUAAUAAUAAAUGGUCAUUAAGUGUUUUAAAAUGUAAAAGAAAUUCUUUAACAAAAGCAUCAUUGUACAGUUUCAAUGUUUUUUUAAAUACAUAUUAAUCUGUAAUAUGCAGAUUGACAAAAAUAAUUUGAAUAUUUAUUUUUGAAGGUUUUGAUCUCUAUAGUCGUAAAGUAGAAGGUCUGUGCUAUGAACUUUAAAUUAAACAUUUGUGAAAACAGUUGUUUCAAGAUAUUCAAUUUAUUUACUUUUGUAGUUAGAGCAUGAACAUUGUCUUCCAUUCCUUGUAAAGAAAUUAACACAUAGAAUGUAUGACAAACUUAUAUUUUUAAUAUAUAGAGUUUUUAUUUUUUGCUAUUCUUAUAUCAUUUUAAAUAGUACACAAAACUUUCUGUUUCAUAUAUUGCAGAUUUAAUAAAGCAAGUAACAUUAUUUUCAAAGUUUUAAUGUUCAUGGUAUAUAAUUUACUUAGGUGAAUUAAUAUUAUUAUGUAUUUAAUAAUUAUUUAUAAUAUAUUUUUUAUUUCAUAACAAGUUACUAGAAGAAUAAUUAUUGUUUUUAAACUACGCGAACGUUAUUCAUUUUUAUUUAUUUUAUAUUCUUAACCAAAUUAUUAGUACCUAACAAUACAGCAUGUAAGCUACACAUCUUGUAUUAGUUUCAAAUUGAAAGUGAAACAUCAUAGUUCAUGUUACCUGAAGUUUAUUGCAUUUUUAUACAAUGCUUUUAACUUGCUAUAUUUGUUGUAAAUAAAUAUUUUUACAGAAUA